UGCGGAACAAAUAGUUGCAAACCCUAUCGAUGUUAUCAGCCGUUGAACUCUUCUCUAUCACAGUCCCCUGCAGACGCCCUUGCCAUUUCAAAUCACACGAAGUAGAGUCUGUAGACUCCGGAAUAGCUUCAAUUUCUUCCAUUUCCAUUUGAAUACCCUCCAUUGCAACUAUCAAGAUGGGCUCCGUCGAGGUGACUAUCCCAGUGAUCGAUAUCUCCGGCUACCUCUCUGGCGACGAAGAGUCCAAGAAAAAGGUCGCAGAUGAGAUCCGUGAAGCAUGUGAAACCCAAGGCUUCCUCCAAGUGGUUGGGCAUUCAGUUUCUAUCGAUCUCCAAGAACGCUACCUCGCUGCUGUUGCCGAAUUCUUCAACCUCCCUCUCGAGGAAAAGGAGAAAGUCGCCCUGACAAAGUCGCAAUGCCAUCGCGGAUACGAACGAAUCGGUGGACAAAAACUUGAUGAACUUGACGACCAGGCCACGCCUGAUCAGAAAGAAGGAUUCUCGAUCCGACGGGAUAGACCCCUUGGUCGAUUCUUGGAAGGUCCAAACCAGUGGCCUGAAGCACUUCCUCAUUUCAAGACCAUUUCCAUGGAGUAUUACGAGGCAGUUCAUCAGUUGUCAAAGACUAUGUUCAGACUUGUGGCACUCUCACUGGGACUUCCCGAGGAUCACUUUGAUUACUUCGCAUCAGAUCCAAAUGGUAUUUGUCUCUGCCGCGCGCACCACUACCCUCCGACGCCAAAAGACGCUGCAGGAAGAACUCGAGGAGUUGGAUCUCAUACCGACUUUGGUGCUCUCACACUUCUACUCCAAGAUUCUGUCGGCGGUCUUGAAGUUCUCCACAAGCCAACUGGAACCUGGCACCCCGUGAUACCUAUCAAAGGCGCAUAUGUAGUCAACAUCGGUGACCUGAUGCAAAUCUGGACCAACAACCGCUACAAGUCAACUAUGCACCGUGUUAUUAGCCCCUACAGCGAGAAGGACAGAUACUCAUGUGCUUUCUUUAAUGAUGGUGCUUUGGAUGCGGUUGUGGAAUGUAUCCCCACUUGCUUGAAGCCAGGAGAGCAGCCGUUGUAUGCACCAUUGAAGGUGGAGGACCACUGCAUCAAGCGUUACAAGCAGAGUUACGGGGCAGCCGGAACGGAGCUUGCAACAGCUAUUGCCGUUUGAUUAAACAGGCCGAGCGCUUUAUUGUAUUAUGGGGUGACCAGCUGAAGGGAUGAACUUUGCUAGUACUUCAAUUCAACUUUGUCUACACAUUGCUUUGAGAGUGCG